UCCACCGAAGCCACUCGAUUCCGCCGCCGCGGAGAAGCUUAUACUCACAUUAAUGGAGAAAACACCACAAAGAAGAGUCUCUGUUUCAGAGAAAGAGCUUAUUAAAGCAAUCAGAGAUAAACCAUCAGUGAGACUUAACCACGCUGCGACGGAGCUUGACCGGAGACCUAACUACUUCAAUUCAAGCUCCGGCGAGUCAAUAGCUUCUUCAAGUUGUACACUACAGUUAACAACUAAACCUAGUUGCUUCUCUUCACCUUCAUCUGGAGAAAUCGAAUCUUUAGAACCAAACCUAACUCCAGAAGAAGAAGCUUUACUAACAAAGCUUAAGAGUAAUCGAGUCUCAGAGAUUGAAGAAGCUUUGAUUUCGAUUCGACGCGUUACAAGAAUCGACGAAGGUUCAAGAAUCAUUUUAUGUACAACGAGACUAAUCUCUGCACUUAAGUCACUGAUUGUUUCGAGAUACGCGACGGUUCAGGUCAAUGUCACGGCGGUUCUUGUCAACUUGUCUUUGGAAAAAUCUAAUAAAGUUAAGAUCGUACGGUCAGGAAUCGUUCCACCGUUGAUCGACGUUUUGAAAUGCGGUUCCGUUGAAGCUCAGGAACAUUCCGCCGGAGUUAUCUUCAGUUUAGCUCUUGAAGAUGAGAACAAGACGGCAAUUGGUGUUCUCAGAGGUUUAGAGCCGUUGCUUCAUUUGAUCCGAGUUGGUACUGAGUUGACUCGGCAUGACUCAGCUUUAGCUUUGUAUCACCUUUCUCUUGUACAGAGUAAUAGAGGGAAGCUUGUGAAGCUCGGAGCUGUUCAGAUGCUUUUGGGGGCAAAAAGGUUGGGGGGAAAAGCUGAGAAUGCAACUAGUUUAUGGCUAUAAAAUCAGUCAACCCAAGAAUAUAUGAUUAUUAGAUUU